AUGUUUAUAACACGCUCGCAGCUGGAGACGGAGGCGGGCGCACGGCCCUCGGCGCUGGAGGUGUACGGCGGCGAGGUGCUGUGGGCCGACAGCGAGGCGCAGCUGCUGCGCGCCUGCGACAAGGAGCGCUGCGCCGCAGCCACGCUGCGCACGCUGCGCGCCGCCGGCGCCGUGCUGGCGCUGCGCGUGUACGACGCGGCCACGCAGCGCGCCGUGCGCGGCCCGUGCGCCGCGCGCGCCUCCCCCUGCGCACAUCUCUGCGUCGCCGUGUCGGCCCACGCCAGCCAGUGUCUCUGCGCCACGGGCUACGAGCGCCGCGGGGACGCCUGCAUCCCCGUGGACGAGGUGGUGGUGUUCUCGGUGAGCUGGGAGGUGCGCGGCGUGGCGCUGAACGCGAGCAGCGCUGAAGGCGAGGGCGGCGCGGCGGAGCGCGGCCUGCUGCCGCCGGUGCCGCAGCUGUCGCUGGCGUCGGCGCUGGCGUACGACGCGGCCGCCGAGCUGCUGUUCUGGGCGGACGCGGAGGCGGCGCGCGUGUGGCGCGUGCGGCGCGACGGCUCGGGGCGCGCGCUGCUGGCGGCGGCGGGCGACGCGGCGGGCGCGGCCGACUGGCCGGCGGCGCUGGCGGCGGACUGGCGCGCGCGCAACCUGUACUGGUCCGACCCGCGCCGCGCGCUGCUGCUGGUGGCGCGCUACGACGCCGCGCACCGCUACGUGCUGCUCGACACCGACCCGCUCGCCGUCACCGCGAUGGCGAUAGACCCGGUGGAGGGCUGGCUGUUCCUGGCGGGCGGCGGCUGGAUCGAGCGCGCGCGGCUGGACGGGUCGCAGCGCGGGCUGCUGUACAACGGCUCGGCCGUGGGGGACGUGGCCGUGGACGCGGCCGCGCGCCGCCUGUACUGGCUGGAGCCGGGCGGCGCGCGGCUGUGGGCCGCCGACUACGACGGCGCGCGCCGGACCUUGCUGGCGCAGCUGCCGGCGCAGCGCCACCACCCCGUGGCGCUGGCCGUGUACAACGCCACGCUGUACUGGCUGGACACCUCGGCCAGCCGGGGCAGCGUGCUGGCGGCGCCGCUGGCGAACGUGUCGCAGCUGCGCGUGCUGCGGGACAACCUCGGCGACAGCCUCAAGGACAUCGUGGUGUGGGCACGCGCGUCCCAGCCGGCCGGCGGGCCCUGCGCCGCCGCGGGCUGCGAGGCGCUCUGUCUGGCCGCGCCCGCGCCGGGGCCCGCGCCGGGGCCCGAGCCGGGGGCCGCGCCGGGGCCCGCGCCCGCCCUCGUGCCGCGCUGUGUCUGCCCACACGGCCGCCUGGCGGCCAACCAGCGCAACUGCACGCGUGAGUACCGCACCGCCUGCACCCGCCGCACGCACUGCGCCCGCUCACGCCCGCUUCUGUCCGCAGCGUACGACUCGUUCCUCGUGUACUCGCGCGUCACUGAGAUCGAUACCAUUCACCUGCUGGACGAGAAGGACCUGAACUCCCCUUACAAGCCCAUCCAAGACAAGGAGCUGAUGCGGAACGCGAUCAGCCUGGCGUACGAGUACGAGGGCUCGCGACUCUUCUACUCCGACAUCCAGCGCGGCUCCAUCAACACCGUGCACUUCAACGGGUCCGGACACGAGGUGCUGCUCGAGCGUGAGUAUCCUGGCAGCCCCGGCCUCGGCGGCGCGGGCGGGGCACUGCAGCGCGGGCGUGUUGCAGAGGUGGGCGCCGUGGAGGGCAUGGUGUUCGCGGCGGACAGCGGCACGCUGUACUGGACCAGCACGGGCGGCGCCGCCGUGCGCAGCGCGCGGCCGGGCUCGCUGCGCGCCGCGCCGGGCCCGCGCCGCGCCGCGCGCGUGCGCACCGUGCUGCGUCUGGGCGCCGGCGCGCGGCCGCGUGGCAUCGACUACGAGCCGUGCGAGCGCCGCCUGUACUGGACCAACUGGAACGAGUCGCAGCCCAGCAUCCAGCGCGCCUACACCAGCGGCCGCGCCCUGCAGACCGUGGUGGCCACGCACAUCCUCAUGCCCAACGGGCUGGCGCUGGACCACGCCGCCAAGAAGGUGUACUGGGCGGACGCGCGGCUCGACAAGAUCGAGCGCAUGCAGUACGACGGCUCGCAGCGACACGUGGUGACGCGGACCAGCACGGAGCACCCCUUCGACCUGGCCGUGGCGGGCCCCUGGCUGUACUGGACGGACUGGCUGGCGCACGGCGUGUUCCGCGCUGACAAGCGCGCCGGUGGCGCCACGGCACUGCGCCGCGACGUGCCGCGCCCCAUGGCCAUCCUCGCCGUGCUGCCGCAGCACCAGACCUGCUCAUCCGAUCCCUGCGCCACACUGAACGGCGGCUGUGCCGAGCUGUGCCAUAUGGACGCGCACGGGGCCGCCGCCUGCAGCUGCGGCGCGGGCCGGGAGCUGGCGCCCGACGGCCGCGCCUGCGUGCCUGCCGCCGCCGCCUGCCCCGCCGGCCAAUGGGGCUGCGCCGAGGGCGCCUGCAUCCCCGACGACCUGGUCUGCGACGGCGUGCCGCACUGCAGCGACUCGCCGUCCGCCAGCGACGAGGACCUCUACUACUGCACGUCGCGCGCGUGCGGCGCGGGCAGCGUGGCGUGCGGCGCGGGCGGGCGCUGCGUGGCGGCGGCGCGCGCCUGCGACGGCCGCGCCGACUGCGACGACGGCGCGGACGAGGCCGACUGCGACUGCGGCGCGGCGCGCUACCGCUGCGACGACGGCGCCUGCGUACCGCUGGCGGCGCGCUGCGACCGCGUGCAGCACUGCGCCGACGGCUCCGACGAGCGCGACUGCCCCGCCUGUCUGGGGCCCGACUGCGUGCCCUCCGACCCCACCACCACUACCACGGAUUCGAACGCGAUCGAGACGAGCACAACAGAGACAAGCAGGGAGGCGGAUGAAGAGGAGGAGCUGUGCGAGGGCGCCCAGUUUCGGUGCGGGGGCGGGGAGUGCGUGCCGCUGGCGUGGCGCUGCGACGGGCGCGCCGACUGCCCCGACGGGUCCGACGAGGCCACCCACUGCCGUAGGUACCGCCGGCGCCCUCGGACGGGCGGCGGCGGGGCUUGCAGCGCGCGCGUGUUGCAGGGCACGGCAACGGGUCGGCGUGCUCGGCGGCGCAAUUCGCGUGCGGCGACGGCCGCUGCGUGGCGGCGCGCGCGCGCUGCGACGGCGUGCCGGACUGCGCAGGCGCAGAGGACGAGCGCGGCUGUGCCUGCCCGCCCGGGGCGCUGCGCUGCGCAGACUCCGGCCUCUGCCUGCACCCGGUACCGCACGCACUAUUACAGUCCUCAUUGUUGUCUAAUCGCCUCUCAAUAGAAAACAAGACGAGUUCAAAAUGGUAUUUAUGAUCUUAAUAAGACGUCACCUAAGAAGAUGGACAUUAAAUUGAUUGCCGGCAAUUCGGUGUCGAGUGUAGAGGGCAACACGUGGACGGACGAGACACGAGAGUUAGGAACAUGUAGUGACCGCGCGCCGCCCUCUGUGCCGCAGAGCCUGUACUGCGACGGGGACGCCGACUGCGGCGACGGGUCCGACGAGCCGGCCGGCUGCGCGGGCGGAGGCGCGGACGCGAGCGGGGGCGCGGGCGCGGGCGGGGGCGCGCUGUGCAAUGCGGGCGCGCUGGAGUGCGCGGGGCGCUGCGUGGCGCGCGAGCUGCAGUGCGACGGCCGCGACCACUGCCAGGACGGCGGCGGCAGCGGCGCAGGCUCCGACGAGGACCCCGACCUCUGCGCGUCGUACGAGCGGUCGCUGGGCGCGGGCGAGCUGGCAACAGCGCGCGGUGAGUGCGCGCGUGGCGAGUGGCAGUGCGGCAACGGCGCAUGCGUGGCGCGCGCCGCGCUCUGCGACGGCGCCGACGACUGCGGCGACUACACGGACGAGAGCCACUGCAACGUGGACGAGUGCUCGUUCGUGAACGGCGAGUGCGCACACAACUGCACGGAGCUGGCGGUGGGCCGCGCCUGCUGGUGCCGCGCCGGCUGGCGGCUGGCGCCCGACGCCCGCGCCUGCGCCGACGUCGACGAGUGCCAGGAGGACGAGCCCUGCGACCACACCUGCAGGCUGCGGGCGGAGGGUAGUCUGGCGGAGGGUAACGUGCCGGCGCUUGCAGCGGUGCGCGGCAGCCUCAUCUUCACGAACCGGUACUACAUCCGGCGCGCGGCGCUGGGCGCGCCCGGCAGCUCGCUGCUGGUGCACGAGCUCAGCAACGCGGUGGCGCUGGACAUGCAGUGGGAGGAGCGCUGCCUGUACUGGAGCGACGUGACGCGGCUGGGCUCCGCCAUCCGGCGCGCCUGCGGGCCCGCCGCCGCGCCGCACCAGCUGCUGCACGGCGCCACGCUGCAGAACCCCGACGGGCUGGCCGUGGACUGGGUGGCCGGCAACCUGUACUGGUGCGACAAGGGCACCGACACCAUCGAGGUGUCGCGCGUCGACGGCCGCCACCGCCGCGUGCUGCUGCGCGGCCAGCUCAGCGAGCCGCGCGCGCUGGCGCUGCUGCCGGCGCGCGGCUGGCUUUACUGGUCCGACUGGGGCGCGGCGCCGCACAUCGGCCGCGCCGGCAUGGACGGCUCGGGCCGGCAGGUGCUGCUGAGCGCAGGGCUAUACUGGCCGAACGCGCUCACGCUGAACCCCGCCUCGCAAGAGCUGUACUUCGCGGACGCGCGGCAGGACUACAUCGCCGUGGCCGACCUGGACGGGCGCAACGUGCGCGUGCUGUUCUCGCGAGAGCGCAUGCCGUGGCUGCGGCUGCACCACGUGUUCGCGCUGGCGGUGUGGGACGGGCGCGUGUACUGGUCGGACUGGGAGACGCGCGCCAUCGAGUCGUGCCGGCGCCGGGCCGCGCGCGCCGCGCCCGCCAACGGCACGGGCGGCGCCUACGACUGCCGCACGCUGGUGCACACGGUGCACAAGCCCAUGGACCUGCGCGUCUACCACCCCGCGCGCCAGCCGCCCGCGCCCGACCACCCUGAGGAUUGGGUGGAGUAUUCCUCUUCCUCACGCCCCAGCCGCCGCAGGCGGGCGGGCCUCACACACCAGGCGUCGAGGUCGGGGAUCGAGAGACGAUCUUUGACAUCCGUAAGCGUGGGCCUGCUGACACCGCGACCUCCGUCUAGAGCAGGAGAAGGAAUGGGGGAGCUGUCGGCGCGGUGCGCGGAGCUGAACUGCUCGGGGCUGUGCCUGUUGACGCCGGCGGGGGGCGCGGGGGGCGCGGCGGGGGCGCGCUGCGCCUGCCCCGAGCACUGGGUGCUGGCGCCGGACGGGCGCUCGUGCACGCCCAACUGCACGUCGGCGCACUUCGUGUGCGCCUCGGCCCUCAAGUGCAUUCCGUUCUGGUGGCGCUGCGACACGCAGGACGACUGCGGCGACGGCAGCGACGAGCCCGAGUCGUGCCCGCCCUUCCGCUGCGAGCCCGGCCAGUUCCAGUGCGACUCCGGACGCUGCGUGCACCCCUCGCAUAUCUGCGAUGGCACGCCGCACUGCGGGGACGGCUCCGACGAGCGCGACUGCGACAAGGUGCGCCGCCUCGCUUGCGCCCCGGGGGGAGGGGGGGUCCAGUCGCGGCUAAUGUGUGUGUGUGUGCAGUUCACGUGCCUGGCGUCGCAGUGGAAGUGCCGCGGCAACAGCUCGGCGUCGGUGUCGGCGCGCUGCGUGCCGGGCGGCGCGCGCUGCGACGGCCGCGCCGACUGCCACGACGCCGACGACGAGGCCGACUGCCCGCCGCGGACCUGUCCGCCGCACCACGUCAGUACCGCAGCUGCCAUUUACUUAUUCUAA